GCAAGGCGGGCAGUGCCAAUCUGCAGCCUAGACAGUCUCGUUUUGUAAAAAGAACAAAGCCUUAGCAUGCAGAGUGUGCAGAGCACGAGCCUCCUUCUGCACAAGCAGUGCCUUUGCCUGGUUUUCCUGUUCCUCCAUCUCCUGGGUCAGGUCUCCGCGAGUCAGCGCUGUCCUUCCCCGUGCCCCCGCCCGUGCCCCGCGACGCCUCCGACCUGCGCCCCCGGGGUGCGCGCCGUGCUGGACGGCUGCUCCUGCUGUCUGGUGUGCGCCCGCCAGCGCGGCGAGAGCUGCUCGGAACUGAAGCCGUGCGACCAGAGCAGCGGCCUCUACUGCGACCGCAGCGCGGACCCCAGCAACCAGACUGGCAUCUGCAUGGUGCUAGAAGGAGACAACUGUGUGUUCGAUGGGGUCAUUUACCGCAGUGGAGAGAAGUUUGAGCCAAACUGCCAAUAUCACUGCACCUGCAGAGAUGGGCAGAUUGGCUGUGUGCCCCGCUGUCAGCUGGAUGUGCUACUGCCUGGUCCUGACUGCCCAGCUCCACGAAAAGUGGCAGUGCCUGGAGAGUGCUGUGAAAAGUGGACCUGUGGCCCAAGUGAGAAAGGGACAUUGGGAGGCCUUGCCCUUCCAGCCUACAGACCAGAAGCGACCGUAGGAGUUGAAGUCUCUGACUCAUUUGCUGGAAUUAUAUCAACUCACUGUGUUAACGCUGAGUAUAAGAAAGGAAAAAAGUGUCUCCGCACCAAGAAAUCCCUCAAAGCCAUCCACCUGCAGUUCAAGAACUGCACAAGCCUACACACCUAUAAGCCCAGGUUCUGUGGGGUCUGCAGUGAUGGCCGGUGCUGCACCCCCCACAACACCAAAACCAUCCAGGUGGAGUUCCAGUGCUCCCCAGAGCAAAUUGUCAAGAAGCCAGUGAUGGUCAUUGGGACUUGCACCUGUCAUACCAACUGUCCUCAGAACAAUGAGGCCUUCCUGCAGGAGCUGGAGCUGAAGUCCAGCAGAGGGGAAAUGUAAAUGUGUCGCUCAAGAAGCACACCUACAGAGACAACUGCACCUGCUGCAUGAACACCAUCAAAUGAACACAAGAAAAACAAUGAAGAACCAUUACUGUAUUCUUGAGUCCUCUGUAUUUUUCUGUGAUCAUAUGAAGUCAUUUAUAUUUGUCUUUUUUAUUGAAAGAUAUUCCAAUUAUAAGUUUGGAAUCAAGCUAAGCUCAGGAUAUGACUUAGGAAUGACUUAUGUUCCUGUGAUGUUUAUUACAAAUGCAAGUAUGUAUAAAUUUAAGACUCAGCUAGAUGAUUUGUUAUGUAGAAUGUACCACAUUACACUCAUUUUGUUGUGCACUAGUACAGUUCCAAGAAAAUGUCACUAUAAGGAAUGACACAGUGAAAUCUAGUAUCAUACUGAAUGUGUUGUUAUAAAAAAUAUUUCAGCAUUUAUUGAGAUUUGACUUGAGGGUUCUCUAUUGGGCUCCUUUUGGGGGGAUAGGUCAACUCCUCACUUGCAAGUUCAAGAUCAAAGGAAACAUACAGGUCUUCAACACGAAGUCCAGAGACUAUUCUAUUUUGUUGAACAUUAGGAAAUAUGCUGUGUCUAUCAUAAUGAAAUGUUUGUUAAUUAAGUAGACUGGUGUCAUGAACUUUCUCCAUUUUAGAAAAUUAACUCCUUUCCAAAUAGAAAGAAGCUAAGCAGAAAAUUCCCACUACAGAGAUAACUGGGCGUCACAGCCCUUCUACAGUUGUAUACUGGAGGCUGCUGAGGCUCACUAGUUUUGUAACUCAGCAGAAGCAGAGAUCAGCAAGAAUCCGCUUGAGUAAGUAAACUGAGUUAAUUGAGGUCCAAAGCACUUGAUUACAGCCUUUGAUGACUUUCAAAUGUGCUUUUAGUGGAGUUUUGCAAAAAAACAAAAUCCACAUGACUGUGGUGGUGAAAAACCACAGAUUUUAUAAGAGUAUAAAAUUAUUUUGGACUUGCCCAAAAUGUAUCCUUGGGUCAUAACUAUGAAAACUCAUGCACAAGAUAUAUGUGUCAGGCUUACAAGUUAGGCUACAAAAUUAAAUCUAUCCAUUCCUCUGUGUCACCAUAUGUGCUUCACCUUUCUCCUUCAAAGUAUUUAUAAAAAUAUAAAUUAUACAUUUUGUAAAAUAUUCAUUUUAAUUUCUCUACUUGUCAGACAUGACUAAAAAAACAUGAUGCUAUCAGUGUGUGACUCUGGUAUUACUUUUGUGCUUACAAGUUUAGCAUUGUUGUU